AUGUUUUGUUUUGUUUACUUAGAUGAUAUCCUAAUUUCCUCGAAAGAUAAGAAAUCUCAUCUUCAAGAUAUCCGCAAAGUGUUACAAAUCUUGAAGAAGGAAAAUUUGGUAUGCAAAAAGAAGAAAUGUCAUUUCUUACAAGAGUCUGUAGAAUUCCUAGGAUUCAGAUUGGGUAAAAACGGUAUUAUGGUACAACAAGAAAAAAUUCGAGCAGUUAAAGAGAUGCCCACGCCAAACACAAUUAAAUCAGCUCAAUCCUUUCUGGGAAUGGUAAACUAUUAUAGGAAUUUUAUUCCCCAGUGCUCAUUGUUGUCCAAACCUAUUAUUGAAUUUAUUUCUAAAAAAUGUGAUUGGUCCAAGAAACAAGAUCAAGCGGUUAUUACUCUAAAACAAAAAUUAUGCUCAGCACCCGUACUAGUCUCAUUUAUUCCUGGUGACGAAUACCGUCUCUCUACAGAUGCUAGCACUAUCGCUCUUGGUGGGGGUACUAGAACGUUUGGGACAACUUGUUGGUGUAAUUGGUUAUUUUUCAAAAACUACUCAAGCACAUUAUCCGGUUGGAGAAAUAGAAUUGUUGUAUAUCAUUCAAAACUUACAACACUUCAAAUACUAUCUACAUGGACACCCACUUCAUCUUAA